AUGUCCGCAACUCCAGGUCGCCGCCGUGCGGCACCCGAGUCUCGCCCACCACGACCAUACACAUAUCAAGCCCCCGAGGCACCACUAACUGUGGAAGACCAGCGUCAAUUUGCAUCACUACUCUCAUCACAACACCUGCGUGACUUGCGCACUCAUCUCUCGUGGGCUAUUGACAAGCUUACGGCAUCAGGAGGCGAGGUGAAUGAGAGACUGGCUGAUGCGCGUGGUCGCUACGAGAGGGAGAAAGAGAAUCAACGGCGUCGGGGCGAGGAAGUGGAACCUGAUGAAGAGAGCGAGGAAUAUCAACGCCUUGCGGAGGAAGAGACUAAAGUCGAAGCUAUCACUGCGCGGUUGGAAGAGAAGACUCGGUCGAUUGUUGAUUGCAGUGCCCGGUUGCAGGGACUGACGGAUGCGAUUGGCGAGGUUGAGAAGGAGGAGGCAGAUGCCAUUCAGGCUGCUAUUGGAGUGAGACAGACUCGGUCUCGGCGCUCACGGCGCAAUGUCAAUGAGGAUGACGAGGAGGAGGAAGUUGAGGAUCCUCAGGAUGAUAGCUAUGAAGAUCCACAGGAGAAGGAGGCGAGGGAGCGCAAUGCGCAGAAUCCGCCUAGUAGCCGAAUUGUGGCGAAAAUUGCAGCCGAAACUGAGAAGUGGAAUGGCAUGUCUUUGACGGAGAGAUACGCCGGUGAUAACAACUAUAUCGGCUUCUACAAGAUGGUUCAUGACUCCAAAUUCCCAAGUGACGAUGUGCCACCUCUUCCUCAUUCUUCAACAUGGUUCUCGCAUAUGGAAGACCCCGCUCAGUCGAGGGGAGUAUCAACAAGGACUCGUCGGAAUCAAGCACCAGCAGAGGACGAUGACGACAUUGCCAUUCAGCGCGAGAGAGUCUCUCUCAAAUGCCCACUUACGCUCUUACCCUUUGAGGAUCCCGUGACUAGCACCAAAUGCCCGCACAGUUUCGAGCGCGAGGCUAUUGAAAAUAUGAUCAACAGCAGUAAGACGACAGUUGCGCCUCCGGACUCACGUCGCGGUCAAGGGCGGGUGAAAUACAUCAAAUGUCCUGUUUGUGCCACUCCGCUCUGUGGACAUGACCUGCGACCCGAUCCUGUUCUGCUGCGGAAGGUUCGUCGUGCUCAAGAGCUUGAAGAACGUGAGGCAGAGGAUGAUCACCUUGAGGAUGGCCGGAAGACCAAGGAUCGGAAUGAGGGGAUUGAGCUUGAUAGCGGUGACGAGAGUGAGGGUGAUGCCAUGGAUGUCGAUGCUAAGCCUUCGACCCAGCGGAUCAAACCGGAGCCGCUCAGUCAGCCUGCUCCUGUCCAGGUUGACAGUGGAGAUGAAGAGGAAGAGGAGGAAGAGGGAGCCGCUGAUGUGACUGCGGAUCUCGACGAUGAAAGCGAGGAACAAGAGGACGAAGAACAGGAUGAAGAGGAGGAAGGGGACACAGAAGGGCAAGUUCAAAGUGGGCAAGUAAAAAAGGGACAAGAAGGAGCUUACCAAGUUACGGACAAAACAGGUAUUGAGGGCGACAAUCAAGAUGAAGAAGACGAGGAUGAUGAAGAGGCGGAUGAAGAGGAGGAAGAGGACUCAGAAGGGCAAGUUCAGGGUGAAGAAGGCGAAGAUGAAAAGGAUGAAGCUUACCAGGAUUCGGAUGAAACAGACAAUGACGCCAGGGAUGAAGAAGAGGAGGAACGCGAUAUCCCCGCACAUGAAGAAGAGCCUCCAGAGAACAUUGUCCAUGAGACGGCUAACACAGAUGAGGAACGGGCUGAACAAGGCCACCCUGAACCUGCACAAAAAACAGGGGCUCUACAAGGACAAAGGAUUGGGAGUGAUGGCAAGAUCCAACAGCCAAUUCCACCCCCUGUCCAGGAGCAAAGCGACAAGGACAGCGGAGGACAGCCCGAUGAACAACAUACCGGGCUAGCCCAGACUGGAGCAAGCCAACCUGAGACCGUGGACCACGAAACAGCAGAUGCUGGGCUCCCCCAGACCCAAGCAAACGUGGCCCAUGAGAAAAACCAGUCUGGAGCUGGGAAUGGCGAAAAAGCAGACACCAAUCCGGCUCAGACUGAAGCAAGCGUGGACAAUGAGGAUGAUCAGACUGGUGCCGAGGACGAAACAGCAGACGCCGGGCUUGCGCAGACGGAAGCAAGUGUGGACAGUGAGAGCGAUCAGUCUGAAGCUGAUGGUCCAGAUGGCUCAUCUGCUUCCGAUGACUCUGACUCGGAUUCGGUUCAAUUGAAGGUCGAGGGUUGA